UCCUUUUCCAAAUAUCGCAAUAUUGAUAACAAUGCACACCUCUGUUACAAAUAAGUCAUCGCUAUGUGGUUUCAGUUACGCCUUUCCUCGAUAACGUGAACAUAGCACAUAUUCUUGAUCUCCGUAUACUAUCACAUCAACUUCCGAUCAACAAUGUGUACCACAAAUGCACUCACCCCUUUGCACACCAUCGCUAUACAAUCCAGCAAAGUAAAGGUCAUAACGUGGACAGUGAAUUUUGACCGUAAGUCGAUUCAGGAAUGCGUUGAAUCUGUAGAAUCGGAACAGUUUCGCUUCUCGGGUAUUAUGUGGAAAAUGUGUUUGGACAUCGCGACACCAACGAAAUACACCGGAAUUAAGUGCUACCUGAAGGUGACGGACUGCAGCUAUCCAGCGGAUGUUGGACAUAUCAUUUUAGCUUUGGAUUCCUCUGGAGACAUAGUGUGUUCCUGGGGUAAGCGUCCCAAGAAAGAUGCCGAAUCAGGAAAAAGUGUGUCCAGUGCUGAUGAUAUUGUCAAAACAUUUGAGUUGCCCAGUAGGGUAAUUUCCGAUGGUUUCUUAACGUUGUGUUGUCAAUUGAUACCAGAUGAGGUAUACUUUGAAAAGCAAUUGAAAAUGCUAGAACAAGAACAAUCGACUGACGUUGUCAUCUCAUUUGGAAAGAAACAUUUGAAAGCACACAAUUUCAUGUUGGCCGCCCACAGUCAUACCUUCAAUGAUAUGUUGAAUACGGAGAAGCAGGAAAGCCAACUCAAAUUGACAGAUUUCGAUUAUGAAGUCGUCAAAGAAAUGCUUACCUUCAUCUAUACUAAACGAUUGCCGAAUUUGGAAAAGCUCGCGGUGGGUUUGCUGAGGAUUGACGAUAAGUACAACAUAAAAGGGCUGAGGGAGCGAUGCGAAGAAUCGUUCUGUGAAAGUAUUUCAACCAACAAUGCGAUCAGGUUGCAAGCCCUUGCCGAGCAUCACAAUCUUAGCCAACUGAAAGACAGAGUCAGAGUUUUCAUCGAAUGCAAUUUAAAGGCCGUUCAAGAGUCCGUUGACUGGAAGACUUUGAUGCAGAAGUGUUAUUCGGACUUGAUAAUAAGAAAUUGUGUGCAAAAUUUCGACCGUACCGAAAAAGAAGGCCAACCGGCAAGUAAAAAGCCUAAACUUCCAAAGGAUAGAAAUACAACCUUGACAUUCAAAUCGAAUAUGGGGAAAUUCUAUUGAAAAUAUAAAUUUAUGUACGUGAGCCAAUUUAUUUGAAAGGAUCAGCAUGUACCUUAAAUUCAAAUCAAUAUAUUUUUAAUCAUUUUUAUUUUUGAUAAUAUAUUUGAAGAUUACCAUUAAGAAAAGCUCAAAGCGAGAUUCAUUGUAUACAACCAUACAAUCAAUAAAAUCAAUGCAUCGCUUAUGUAAAAAGAAAAUCGA